UUUAGCUAAACCCAUGAAAGCGGCUUUUAUAAAAUCCUCUCUCUCGUCACGCUUACAAAAGGUAUGGGGAAUUCCAUUUCCAAUUCUCAAAACGACCAAACCUCGCCGGUGAAGAGAGAUGUGUCAAUGGAAAGAGGUGGUUGCAAAGAAUCACACACGACGAUUGAAGAAGCUGAGAAGGAGAAGCAUUGUGAGUGCUUGCAUGCGAAGAUGCAGGAGUGUAUGGAGACCCACUCUGAUUACUAUCACCCGAUAUUCGCUGCUGCAAGAGAAGCUGGUGACAAAGCGAUACAUAGGGAAGUCCAAGCCUUCAUAAUACCGUCAUCUGUUGGGCGAGAUAUAAAGGAGUGGAGAGGCCCAAAGGUGGAAGAGGAACUAGAGAAGUUCAUGGGAUUCAUGGAAAGAGGUGGCUGUAAAGAAUCAUGGAUGGCUUUGGUACAUUGCAAUAUGGAAGAUUGCGCUAAGGAAGACAGGGAUAAGUUUAUGUCCGUGGUACGCGAAUGUUUGGAGACUCACUCUGAUUACUAUCAACCAUAUUUCAAGGCAGGAGCUGAAGUUGCUGAAGAAGCGAUGGUUAAGCAUAUUAUCGAAGCCUUCUCAACGACGUCAGAUCAACCAGUAGCAAAAGCAGGGGAAGACGAAUUUGACGAGCGGUUCUUGGACUUCAUGAAAGGAGGUGCUUGCCAUGAAAUCUUUACAGCUUUGGUAGAUUUAGAUUGCUGGGAAUAAGAGUAGAGGAAGCGGCUACGAGGAAGGUUAUCAAUGCUUCAUUCUUUAUUUUGACCGUUUUGAUUUGAAUGAGUACUCUUGUUUUCUUAUAACGAUAUUUUUUUUUGUUUUUAUAUGAUUAUGGUUCUACCCGGUAACCACAAAAAGAAUAAUAGGAAAAAUAUGAAAAGAAACGAAAUGAUAAGAGUACUUAUUCUUUAUUGUUCCUUGUUGGAUUUAAUAAAAAAUGAUUUUGCUUUAUAAUUCAUUAAAUUAAAAAAAUGAGAAAGAACACUUAGAAAAAAAAUAUUUUUUAUAAACAGUGUUAAAUUUAAGUAACGAAUAGAAAUUACAUAUUCCCAUUGAUCAGGAUUUAGAGCUAAUAUAAUUUUUUUUAACUACUUUGCCCAUUGAUUUUUUUUAAAAAAUUUAGGUAUCCCAAUCUCAUAGAAAUACCCAAAUUAAUUCCCACAAACAAAUUUUCAUUCCAUAUAUUUAAAUGGACUGUAAGAUAUGUCCAUAUCCACGUAACCACGAAGUAAAAUUAGUGGUAUGCUUUCAAACUUGAGUUGCUUAACAAUUUCAAAACUGGUCUAUCACUAAACCACCACUUUUUGGUUACUUUGUUCAUCAUUUAAAAUAAAACUAUUUUGUCCGUAGAAACGACUAUAUGAAUAGAUUAAAAAAAGUGACCAUAUGAUUUGUUUGUCUGGAGAUAUAUGAAAAAUAUAUUAAAAAUUGUUUUCUCUAUUUUAAGAUAUUUUAUUUUCAAUUUUUUACACAUUUUAAAUUUUAAUUAUAAAUAUAUUAUUUUGUAAUAAACGAUUUCUUAUAAUUUUAGCCAAUCAUAAUUCAAUAAUAUAAUUAAUUUUAUGAAACCCAAAAUUUACAAAUAUUAUUUAAUAAAAAUACAUUAAAAAUAUAUAUUUUUGAAUCAAAAUUAUUUUCCUAAAACAUAAAUCUUUUAAAACAGAAAGAUUAAUAUAUAGAUAAAUACAAGUCGUCGUGUCUCCAAAAAAAUAAAUAAAUAUUUGUUUCUAUUACAGCACCCAAAUUGUGUUUUGUCUCCUUACUUUUUCGUCUUUUUAGGGUUCUUAAAGCUCUCUCUCUCCUCUUCUUCUCAGUUUUUCCCAAAAAAUUUCCUUAUAAUGAAGAUUAAUACUAGAUUGUCUCUCUCUGGAUACGAAUCCAAGUAAACAUCUUCGCUGAAAG